UCUUUGUAUUACUAUAAUAUUUUUCGCAUCAAAACCUAGAUACUAUUUAUAACUCAACAUCAGAAAGAAACAGUCGCCUCAUGUGCGCGCACGUCAAUCUCACUAAUUCAGUUAUCACGAAAAUAGAUAAAUAUAAAUAAAUUAAUUUAAUAGCGAUUUUAUAUUUAUAUUAGAAACGUGGGAAACGUCUCUAAUCUGAACAACAAGAAAACAAAAAAGAGAUAAUCAAUUAUCAAACAGAACAGAAGAAAAGAUAUAAUGAUUAUCAUUAUAUGGACAUUAGCUAUAGGUUUGGCUUUCUUACUGUACCUGAAGCAGAUAUAUUGCUACUUCAGCAAGCAUGAAAUCAAGAGCAUAACCCCGCUUCCGAUACUGGGCAACAUGGGCAAGAUUGUCUUCAAGAUUAACCAUUUUGUUGAUGAUAUUUCUCAAUUGUACAACAAAUUUCCAGAAGAAAGAUUCGUUGGUAGAUAUGAGUUUGUAAAUCCGGUGAUCUACAUCAGAGACAUUGAGAUCGUAAAGAGAAUCACAAUUAAAGACUUUGAACAUUUCCUGGAUCAUCGCACGAUCGUCAAUGAGGAAACCGAUCCCAUUUUCGGAAGGAAUCUGUUUUCUUUGAAAGGCCAGGAAUGGAAAGAUAUGCGAUCCACUUUAUCGCCAGCCUUCACCAGCUCCAAGAUGAAGCUUAUGAUGCCCUUAAUAGUCGAAGUUGGAGAGCAGAUGAUCAACGCGUUAAAAAAGAACAUUAAAAACUCUGGUGUCGGAUACGUGGACAUAGACACUAAAGACCUGACCACUAGAUACGCCAACGAUGUGAUCGCCUCCUGCGCCUUCGGUCUGAAGGUCGACUCCCUCACCGAAGAGAACAACCAAUUCUACGCGAUGGGGAAAGCCGCUUCGAAUUUCAGUUUCAAACAGAUCCUACUCUUGUUGGGAUUUAUCUCAUUUCCUAAGAUGAUGAAGAUGACGAAAUUCACGCUGUUUUCGGAAGAAACGUCCGGAUUCUUUAAAGAGCUGAUAAUGGGUACCAUGAAAGACAGAGAAAUGCGGAAAAUCAUCAGACCAGACAUGAUCCAUCUACUCAUGGAAGCUAAGAAAGGAAAAUUAGUCCACGAUGAUAAAUCCAGCAAAGACACAGAUGCCGGAUUCGCCACGGUAGAAGAAUCUGCUGUUGGCAAGAAACAAAUCGAUAGAGUUGCAGUCUGGACUGAUGACGACAUCAUCGCUCAAGCAGUUCUUUUCUUCGUUGCUGGUUUUGAAACCGUUUCAUCGGCAAUGACGUUCCUCCUUCACGAAUUGGCUCUCAACCCUGAAGUACAAGACAAAUUGGUUGAAGAAAUCAAGGAGAACAAGGAGAGGAACAAUGGAAAAUUUGACUACAACUCCAUACAGAAUAUGGUGUAUCUGGAUAUGGUUGUUUCAGAACUCCUAAGGCUGUGGCCGCCAGGUGUCUCCAUGGAUAGAAUCUGCGUUCAAGACUACAACUUGGGGAAACCAAAUGACAAGGCCAAAAGAGACUUCAUACUUCGCAAAGGUACGGGUGUAGCUAUUCCCGUAUGGGCUUUCCACCGAAACCCGGAAUUCUUCCCGGACCCCCUGAAAUUCGAUCCCGAAAGGUUCUCAGAGGAGAACAAACACAACAUCAAGCCUUUCGCGUAUCUACCAUUUGGAGUGGGACCUAGGAAUUGUAUAGGUUCUAGGUUCGCUUUAUGCGAAGUCAAAGUGAUGGCAUACCAGCUACUCCAGCAUAUGGAGAUAUCUCCGUGCGAGAAGACGUGUAUCCCCUCGAAGCUCAGCAAGGAAACCUUCAACCUUCGUCUUGAAGGUGGUCAUUGGGUCAGGCUAAAGAUUAGAGAUUGAUUGAAAAAUCACUGUAAUUAUGAUAGGUGACUAAUGAAGACAUCAACUAGAUUAUUGUUAUAUUUAUAUUACACAUCAACUAUAUUAUAAUCAACUACAAUAUCAUAGACAAUUAUCAUUGAUAAUUUUAAAGCUAUAAAAUGUUUUGUGUGAAACGUUUGAAUUAUACUGUUUUUUUUAAUGUAUGUACGUAUGUAUUGCAGUCUGCAAAUAAAGUUUUAUUUAAAAAAAAUACUUUCAUGUCAUCAUAUUUGGAAUGGCAACGUCUGGUGAAGCGCACCACCAACCGAAGUGAUGACCACGGCCACUCUGACAAGAGUGCAUGCGACCGAGAAGAAAUCAUCAUCUUUUAUCAUCCAAAUCAUUCAGUUCUAGGUUUUGCUAAUGUUACUUUACAAAUAACCAAAGAAAAUGGAAACUUUAUAAUUUAUUUCUGGCAAUCUGUCUGUCUGCAUGUCACAGCAUAAUUUACUUGAAUGUGCUUGGGACUUGAAAAUAUAAUUAGUAUUCAAAGUAAAUAGUAUUCAAAGUUUGCAAUUAAGCUAUGUUCUAUAAA